CAGGACGAUAAGGUGAAGCCCAAGGUCGAGAUCAUGCUCGUCGAUAGGAAGAGGAAUACUAUUGAAGGUACCACCUCCUACAAGUGUAUCCGAUAUCCGAAAAAAUCUACAACUGGAAGCGCCAGACCCCUAGCACAACUCAUGAGAUUACUCGACCUCACACAUGAAGCCAUUUUGGACGGUUUACCUGCGACCAAGAGAGAUAUCUUCUACAAGGACGUUGCACUAUUCAAAACGCAAAAAGUGGUGGACAACUUGGUUGACGAUCUCGCGGCAACGUUUCAGAUUGAACGCUCUGAUUUGAAUAUUCGUGCUUCAACCAAAGGACUCAUAUCUGGAGCAGGGCUCACAAUCCAACUCUUAAGCGGCGAAGUCAUCCAACUGAUCGACACGGAAGGCUCCAUAAUACCAGCUGGGGAAGACAUUGAGUCGUUUAGUGUGGACGAAGAUGUGGCUUGGGUUCUCAUUGUAGAGAAGGAGGCUGUCUUUCAGACGCUGUGUCGCUUGGGAAUAACUGAUGUUGAUUCGAUUGUUUAUUCUCGAUUAUUUCAGGGAAAGGGCUAUCCCGAUGUAGCGACAAGACAUCUCGUGAAGUCUCUCGCCGAUGCACUGCCACGAACAAUACCUAUUAUGGCUUUGGUCGAUGGCGAUCCGUAUGGACUUGAUAUUCUAUCCGUUUACAAGUACGGAAGUCUCAGCAUGCAGCAUGAAUCUGGCAAACUAGCAACCAAGCGUAUCAAGUGGCUGGGAAUAUGGGCCAGCGAGUUGGAAACUCUGGGUAUUGACAGGGAUAAUCUCCUUCCAAUCAGCAAACACGAUGAAAAGAAGGCAUUAUCCAUGCUCCUCCGACCGACCUCUCAACUGCCUGAGAAAUGGAAGAAAGAGCUUGUCCACAUGUUACACAGCCGUAGAAAGGCAGAGAUCGAGAUACUAUCCAACGUGCCG